CAGGCCGAGCCCGGUGCCGUCUCCCCGGUGACCGGCGCAGCCGCUGCCUUGGCGGAGCAGCCACAGCCCCGGGGGACGGAGGACUUCAUCAGGCGAAGGAGUGAUGCUCUUGAAACAUGACAAAAAUCUGGACUGAAUAAAAGUUUUCCUAUUGCAGGAAUAAAAUCCAAAAUGUAUAGGCCAGGGGAAACAGUCAAACGUCGACUCAACAUGCAUGCUCCUCCACGGAUAAGAAGUGUGGAAGUUGCUAGAGGAAGAGCAGGUUAUGGGUUUACCCUUUCUGGACAAGCUCCUUGUGUUCUUAGUUGUGUGAUGAAAGGAAGCCCUGCAGAUUAUGUUGGACUUAAAGCAGGAGAUCAGAUAUAUGCAGUUAAUGAAAUCAACGUGAAAAAAGCCUCUCAUGAAGAUGUAGUGAAACUUAUAGGAAAAUGUUCUGGAGUCCUGCACAUGGUCAUUGCUGAAGGGAUUAGUCAUCUAGAUUCAUGUUCGAGUGAUGAAGAAGUUGGUUUUUAUGAUGGGAAGGGGUGGCUGAAACCCAAACCUGACUCUAAGGCUCUGGGUAUAAACAGAGCAGAGAAAGUUGUUGAAGAAAUGCAGUCUGGUGGCAUCUUCAACAUGAUCUUUGAGAAUCCUGCUCUUUGUGCUGGUAACUCAGAUAAUUCUGCACCAAAACAAAGAUCAUUUUCAGUUUCUGCUGCUAUGAAAUUUGAAACUGGCAAUGAAAGUGUGAGCAAUCCAAACCUACUGUCAAAGGAAGAAAUAGCCAAAGUCCUGAGUGAUGAUUCGGUUUUUAGACUUGGACUGGAGGGCGCAGAAGACUUUGGAUUAGAUGCAAGCAUUUUAAAUGUUGCCAUGAUCGUAGGUUACCUGGGCUCAAUCGAACUUCCUUCAACGACCUCGAAUUUGGAAAGUGACAGUUUGCAGGCUAUUCGUGGAUGCAUGAGACGUCUGCGGGCAGAACAGAAAAUCCAUUCCCUGGUGAUGAUGAAGAUAAUGCAUGACUGUAUUCAGCUCUGCAGUGACAAAUCAGGUGUCGUGGCAGAAUAUCCUGCAGAGAAACUGGCAUUCAGCGCUGUUUGCCCAGAUGAUAGAAGAUUCUUUGGACUAGUUACAAUGCAGACAAAUGAUGAUGCAAGCUUGGCUCAAGAAGAUGAAGGGGUUCUGAGGACAUCUUGCCAUGUUUUUAUGGUGGAUCCUGAAUUAUUUCAUCAUAAAAUUCACCAGGGUAUAGCAAGACGUUUUGGACUGGAAUGUACAGCGGAUCCAGAUACAAAUGGCUGUCUAGAGUUUCCAACAUCAUCUCUACCUGUUCUGCAGUUUAUUUCUGUCCUGUACAGGGAUAUGGGGGAACUGAUUGAGGGAAUGCGUGCAAGGGCUUUUCUUGAUGGUGAUGCAGAUGCUCAUCAAAAUAAUAGUACAAGCAGCAACAGUGAUAGUGGAAUUGGAAAUUUCAACCAGGAAGAAAAGAAUAAUAGAGUUCUGGUGGUUGAUUUAGGGACCAACCCGAGUAAACACAUUCCUAACAGCCUAUGGGAAAAUCCAGUAGGAAGGGGACAAAAUCAGCCUGCUUCCCACUGGAAUGGCUUCUGUCACGAGCAAGAGGGAAGCAUCCCUUUAGAAGUAAUACAGAAUGAUAAGACCCAGAACGUAAGCAAACACUUAAGUCCUUCUGCUCGUAUUGAAGUGCCGUUGGUUUCCUCCCGAAAUUCAGUACCCCCAUCAAAGAAAAAUGCUGCAGGCACGGGCAAUCAAAGGUGGUUGCCUGUGCAUGUGUUACAAGAAUGGCAGCAUGGAAAUGCCAGCGACCAGGAGUCGUACACGGAUUCUACGGACGGCUGGUCAAGUGUUAACUGUGGAACCCUUCCCCCACCAAUGAGUAAGAUUCCAGCUGACAGAUACAGAGUCGAUGGCAACUUUGGUCAGCCUCAGCUAAAAUCUCACAAAAAUGAAUGGUCUAAGAAGAUGUUUUGCAUUCAGAACAAAUUUGGCGCUCCCCACAGUAUUAGGAAGUCUAAAGAGGAUAAAAAGGCUGCAAAAUUUGGACAUUCAAUGGGAUUAAAUCAGGCUCCUCCCCCACGUUCUUCUGCUCGAAGAUCAUUUGGAAGAUCCAAGCGAUUUAGUAUUACUCGCUCUCUGGAUGACCUUGAGUCAGCAACUGUUUCUGAUGGAGAGCUGAAUAGCACUGAUUUAAAAGACUGCAUCAGUGAGAACAGCCUCAGUAGCAAUGCCAGUCUUCCCAGUGUACAGAGCUGUCGAAGACUUCGAGAAAGAAGAGUUGCAAGUUGGGCUGUUUCAUUUGAGCGUCUUCUUCAGGAUCCUAUUGGUGUUAAAUAUUUUUCGGAAUUUCUCCGGAAAGAAUUUAGUGAAGAAAAUAUUUUAUUUUGGCAGGCCUGUGAAUAUUUUAACCAUGUACCUGCACAUGAUAAAAAAGAGCUUUCUUACAGAGCUCGGGAGAUCUUCAGUAAGUUCUUGUGUAGCAAAGCUACAACCCCAGUUAAUAUUGAUAGCCAGGCACAGUUGGCAGAUGAUAUUCUCAAUUCUCCACAUCCGGAUAUGUUCAAGGAACAGCAGCUUCAGAUAUUUAACUUGAUGAAGUUUGAUAGCUAUACUCGCUUUCUCAAAUCCCCCCUUUACCAAGAAUGCAUCUUAGCAGAAGUAGAAGGACGUACUCUUCCUGAUCCUCAGCGUGUUCCCAGCAGCCCCACUUCUAAACACAGUGUCAGUUCAGAGAAGUCCAAUAUCUCGACACCAAAAAAGCUAAGCGGUAAAUCAAAGUCAGGAAGAUCUUUAAAUGAAGAGUCGGGAGAGGAGGACACUGAAAAGAAAAAACGGGGAACGUUCUUCUCGUGGUCAAGAAGUAAAAGUUUGGGAAAAUCACAGAAGAGAAGAGAAAAUGGUGAUUAUCCAAACGAUUCUUUUCAGUCCAAUGGAUUGUCAUACAGACGGGAAUCACAAGGCUCCAUGUCAUCAACUGCUAGUCUUGACUUGUCUGAAACCUCAAGAUUGCCUGCUUUUGUACCAGAUAAAGAGAAAUCCCCCAAAUACUGCUGUGUAAACCUUCCGGAUGGUUCAUCCAGCAAAAUGGCUGUUAAAUCUGGAUUCUCCAUCAAAGAGGUGCUAUCUGGGCUCUGUGAGAAGCAUGGCAUUAACAUAGCUGCAGUGGACCUUUUUUUAGUUGGAGGUGAUAAGCCACUGGUAUUGCACCAAGACAGUAGUAUCCUGGAGUCUCGGGACCUACGUUUAGAAAAACGCACUUUAUUUCGGCUGGAUCUUGUUCCGAUCAAUCGGUCAGUUGGUUUGAAGGCUAAACCCACCAAACCAGUAACAGAGGUCUUAAGGCCUGUGGUUGCAAAAUAUGGUUUAAAUCUUAAUGAACUUGUGGCAAGACUAAAUGGUGAGCAGGAACCACUUGAUCUUGGUGUCCCUAUAUCUAAUCUGGAUGGUCAGAGGGUUGUUCUAGAAGAAAAAGAACCAACAAAAGGUAGAGAGAAACAAAAAGGUACAUUGGUAAAACAGACUGCAGUUGUAUCUACUUCAAGAAGUCAAGCAUCUACUGGAGAGGGAAGAACUCUAGGAAAAUCUAAUUCUAUCAAAAUGAAAGGCGAAAAUGGAAAAAAUGCUAGGGAAGUCCGGCUGUCAAAGAGAGAAGACUCUAUUGCAAAGAUUGGAAAAAAAAAAUGUCAGAAAAUUAAUUUGGAUGAAGCAGAGGAAUUUUUUGAACUCAUAUCCAAAGCACAAAGUAACAGAGCAGAUGACCAACGUGGACUGCUAAGGAAAGAAGACCUUAUUCUUCCUGACUUUCUUCGUUUACCACCCACUGGACCAGAACCAUCUUCAUCUACUCCCGCAGGUCCUAAAGGCUUCAACAAGCGAGUUUCAAAAAAUGAUGGCAAUGAUGGGUGUACAUCACCAACUGGAAAACAGGAGUCCAUACAAAACUUUAAUGAAAAUUCAGUUAAGAAAAUGGGUUACUCAGAAAAUAAACACAAAUCUGCCUUGGCAGCUCUCCACAGUCAGAAGACUUUCAGUGUUCCUUUUAGUCCUCCAUUGUCUCCCAUUCCGCAUGCACAGGAAAACAAUGCAACAGUGUGGAAAAGGCAGUCAAGAGAAUUACAAGCUGAAGGCAUACAGAUGGUAGAUGAUGACAAUGUGGCAGACUUGACUCUUGUGGCUGAAGGAGAUAUUAGUAGCCCUAACAGCACUUUGCUACCACCGCCACCACCGACACCACCGUCAGACAUCAGUAAACUCACAGAAGCCAACUAUCCACCCCCAACUCCUUUUACAGGUAAUCAGGAAAAAUCUGGAUAUCAAAGAUCCAAUUCAGGUGCAAACCACAGAAAGAAAAAAGAUUCACAAGGAACUUCAGGAAACUCUUGUGAGCAGACCUCUCACAAAGCAAAGACCAACAGAAGCUUUAAUCCUCCUGGUGCAAGAGGGAAUCCUGGAACAGAGCUCCCUGUAAACAGGAUAAUCGAUGUGGAUGGAGUCAAACUGGAAGACUCUGGCACACGGUCCUGCGAUGAUUCUGAAGGGAACCUCAGCUUUGAAGGUUACGUCUCUGAACUGAGAUCUUGCCAAGGGAGGAUGAGAACUGGAGUUUACAGGACAUCAGACCUUCCAUCUCUGAUUGCUGUCAAGAGCGAAAAGAAUAAGACCACUGAGUAUAAGGCUACUUUUGUUUAAAUCUCUGUUUUUAAUUAAAUAUUCUGGUAUUUUUGCUUGGCAUCAGCAGCAAUGGAGAUAUGCCUUAGAGAGAUGUUUCUGCAAGUUAUAGGUGGUUUUCAAUGCCCAGUUGCCUUCAAGGAGCCUGCCAUACCAUCACUUCUGAUCUGAGUUAGAAGCCCUAGAAUGAAAAGAUAGUAUUCCAGUGAAAGUAUUGAGCUUUGUACUUUUACCAUUUCUAUAUCAUUUUCCCUGGGAUAAUUCCAUUGCACAGUGCAAUUAAAAUUUCUAUUUCUACCCCUACCCUUCUUGUCUUUAUUCAAGACAAACUUACUUUAAAUUCCCCCAGCCAAAACUUUUAAGAUAAUUUCAGUUUAAUCUUCUAAUAUUUUUCUCUUGUCUGCAGGAUUCCCUGUGUUUUAGUAGAUUUUUGAAGUGUAAGUAAAAUCAGUUACUGAUGUAAAGAGAUUAGGAUUAUUUUCUUAAUAUCUUCCUGUCUGUCUCAUAACGUUUGGGAAGAGGUCCAAGUGGAAUUCAGUCCAUUGCCUGGAUAUAUGCAAUAAAACCAUUGUAAUACAAGCAGUAAGAGGCAAAUCCCCCCCCCCCCCCCCCAAACUGUGAAUUUCCUGUGCUGGGAAUAAUAGCUGCUUUUGUAGCCAACACUGGUGAUAUUUCCAUACCAAAAAUGUAUAUCUAAUUACGUAGUGGUGUGAGGGUUGUCAGGUCCCUCCUCAUCACUGCUCUCAGUGUCUUUUAACUUUGGGGUAAGGCACUUUUGUUGCUGCUCUUUCAAUAAGUGGUUCAGUGCCUCUCUUUCUUCUUGUCAUUCGUUUUAUUUCAGUUAAUUUUCUAGUCUCGGGUGGAGAGCUGAGAAAGAAAAGACACUUAAGACUGCUGAACAUGUUCUUUUUUGCCACCUUGUCUUUUUCCUCCUUUGCCAUUUCUUCAGAAGAGGUUUUGAGCCUGGACAUGCAAAAGGGUACACAAAGAAAUAAGAUUGGUGGACAGCUGCUCAUCAUAUUGAGUGGAUAUAGUGAGACUUCUGGUGGUUCACUGCUUUGCAAUUAUUGUGAGACUUAAGAAGUCAUGCUGAUAGCUCCUGAACUGCAGAUCCACACAGGCACUAUGUCUAAAGCAUCACAGCAAUUAUUGAUAAACUUCUCUUUCUUUGCUCCUAAAGCAUACCAAGAAUCAUGAAUUUUCUGAAUAGCUGAGGGUACUGGACACUGUCACUCAGUUUCUUAAACUCAAAUCUGUAAGGUGAGAAAGAGGAUAUGUAAGAUUUUGUAAUCGUAAAGUAAGAUUCCUAAAGCUUAGGCUUAAUGCUUAAGCAUUACAUCAAAUAUUCCAGUGAUAUAAAGGGAUACAACACCCAUUAGCUUUAAUACUUUAAUUCUUUUCUGCUGUAAUUGAUUUUGCUUUCAAUAUUGAGGAAAACCCUUGUGUGGGCCCGAAUGAGGAUAUAUCCCAUGAAAAUAGCCUUUCUUUUAAAACUUUCUUACUUUAAACUAAUUUGAGAGUCCUGAUAAAAUCAUGGUGGUGUAAUGAUACUAAAGAUUUGGGAAACACAGCAGGCAGAAUGUAGCAAACCAGUCAUAGCCCAGUGAAGCCCAAUGAUGUGAAAACAUUUAAAUAUCUAUGUAUUUUUAAAGCUAUUUUUGUUGUUGUUGGAUUUUUUGGGUAGUUUUUGGUAGCAUUUUGCUAACAAUUGCCCAUGAGAGAAUAUUUCUUUGCACAAAUAAAUGGCCACAAUUUUUUCCCAUGUCUGGAAAAUCAAUAGCUUCAUUCUAAUCAAGACUAACAUUACAGCAGUCAAACUCAAGAGAGGGCAUUUUUACCUGUGAUAUGCUUUGCACUGUUUUUGUGUCUUGAAAAAUAAAAUCCUAAUGGUAAAAACUUGAAAUUCAAAUACAGUAAUUACAGUCUUUAUUAAUCUCUGAUCAGUAUUUUAGAUGAUACAAGGUUGCUUAUCUCAUGUUGUGCAAGUGCUCUUAACUGACUGGUAGUGAGCAAUACAGAACUCUUUGACUGAAAGCUGAGGGGAGAUGCAAUAUCAGCUGAAAAACCUUGAGUACCAUGGAAAGGGUGGAUAGGGAUUGAUCACACUUUUCUAAUGCAAGGAUUAGGGGCCAUCAGAUGAAGUUAACAGAAGCCAGGUAUAAAUCAAAGAGCUCUUUCUUCAUCUUCUCCUGUUUUCUCUCCCCAGCCUGCUGUGUUUGGAAAAAAAAAGCAAAUAAAAAUGCUGUUCAUAAAUUCUGAGUGCAACAUAUUGGAUUUGACUGUAUCAAGGAUUCAAAGAGAAUUUGACAGCAUGGGAGUCAAGCUGCAUGCAAGAAAAGGAAGGAUGUGAAAGAACAGAGUUUUCUUUAACAUAGAGAAAAAUCUUGGCAUGAUGCCUGGAAAUCCUGUAAACAAAGGGACAUGGGAAAAGCCGUUUCUCCCUAGACCACACUGUCAUACCAGUUAUUGGCGGAUUGUUUAAAAGAAUGGCUUCUUAUCUAGGACUAAUGGAAAUUAAUUCCUUAGACUUAGAAAUAAUUAAUAAUGUUAGCUUUCCUAUCCAAUAUCUGGCAGAAUAUAAAAGCUAAACCUGCUGGAAUCAGGAGUUAAUAAAAAGGAAUAUGGACAGCCUGUCUCUGGCUGAUGGUUUCCAAUAUUUUACUAGGAGUGUCGUCUACUUUCUAAUUACUGUAUGACUUCAACAUUGUUAUGUGAUUUUAAAUUACCUCCUCAUACUGUGAUUUCCACUACUAAUCAAAUGUGCUUGAAAUUAAAAAUCAACCUAAUUGAAGCCCUGCUUGAUAGCUUGAUCCUUUAUCUUGCCAUCUAGUUCCUAAAGAUAAUCAGAUUUUAUGUGGCUUUAUUUCGCUUUUACUUUUCCCAGUUUUUCCCUGUUGAAACACCACUUCUGCAGAGUUACUCUUAACGUCCUUCUAAUCCCAUGGUGAUAAAUAAAGGGAAAUUCAGUUAUUCCAUCCUCUUAUGUGAAAGAGGGAGAUCCACUGACCUGUAUCAGUACUCAAACCUGAAACUGUUACAACCAGUGAUAUAAAAACCCCAACCCCAACACUUGGAAAACCCUGCAGCAUUCUAAAUCUCAUUUCACAGUUGUCUUAUAUUUCACUUGUUGUCAUGGUAUCUGAUUUUCAAUUGUGGUGGUUUCAGCCUCAUUGGCUCCACACGUCGCAGUUUUGUUGUGUUUUAGUUUUAAAGGCUUUGUGAAGAAUAGAAAAUAUACAUGUAGGUAAACUUGCAACGAGACUUCCCCAUAGGAUUACUGUAGCUGUGUGCCUUGUCAACAAAUCUGUGAUAUAACACACAUGCAAAAUAAACCACUGCUCUGUUUAGCUCUGGGGGACUGCGUGACAAGGAACAAAUGGGUUGUGAAGACACAUAAACAGGGUUUGCAGAGAGACUUUGCAAGAGCUUUACUGCUCUGUGGGAAGGAGCCAAUACCUGAGCUAUACUGUGUCCUUUCUCAUGCCCCUGGAAGUCUUCUGGGGGCUAUUUAAUGUCAUUCAAGGAUGCUGGGCCCUUCAGGCACUACUUCUCUGCCUGAAAGUUUUGGCUUCUUUGUGGCUUUGCUGUAGCAUGCAUUGCUUUAUUCUUGCUUCUUUUCUGCUGCUGGAAUUUACUGUUCUUAACAGAAAACUUCUAAAAGACAUGACUCAGCCAGUAGCCUCCUUGUCUCACUGUAGCAGAGAUAACCAGGACUUACGAGCAUAUUUUGAUUCUUUGGAAGUAGCUUGAUUUUUGCCACAAAACUGAAAUCCUUGCCAGUAGUUGUUUCUCUGUAGUGGUGCUGCUGCUCAUCCAGACCUCUCCAAUGUAGAAUCGAUAGCAAAUACUGUCAUUUAAAAUGGUCUCUCCUAAGGUAUUUGGUAGCUGGGAGACCAGGCAAGUGUGUGGUAGCGUGAUACAAACACCUGGAGGCAUCUUUUCACAGUUUCUCAAAGACUUUGAAAAGUUUCCAAAGGCUCAGUUAGGCAAAGGCCCAAUGGCAGGUCCUUAUCGAGGGGUGUGAGAAGCCAAAACCCUUGCAGGUCUGAGGCACUCUCCCUAACUCCCAACCACAGCUCACUGACUUGGGUUUAGAAACAACUAUAGUUUCUGCAUGAACAGGUGGAUUUCCAAGCUUUGUGGGAUUGUAGCAAACUUGUGUGACAACACUGUUGCUCUGUGAUAGUGUGGGUGUUCUCAGCAAAAACAAGUGACCCAUCCAAACCCUUCUCUCUGUGCUCUUGGAACAGCAUCCCAAGCUCAGCAUCACAGGGCACUGAACAACCGUGAGAUUUGUGAACCCUAAUGCAAUGCCAGUUAAAACAAGAAAGCUUUCAUUGAUCUUACUGAAAUAUUUCCUUCCUCUAGACCAACUGUCACUUUUAGCUGGUUUAGUCUUGAUUUUUUUCAGAAAAAAAAAUCUGCUGAGAAGUGCUGGAUGAUCAGGUGUCUGUAAAUCUUGCCUGCAUUACUCAAAAUGUUAGCAAAUCCAAGAUGUUGCACAUGAACCAAGAUGUUCUCUGAAUUGCUUGUGUGAAAGAUAAGAAAAUUGUUUAUACUUUUUUGUCCCAACUGAUCAUUUUGUUGUACAGCCUAAAAUGCUGAUGUACAGAACUUGAUUUGUAUUCUUGUUUUAUUUGUGAUUUUGUCUAUAAAUGUCUAUAUGAUCACUUUCUAAUAUGAAAACGCACAUUACUUUUGUUUCUCAUGCCUUUUCUCCCCAAAGUAUUAAGAAAUCAUGUACUGCACAAUAAUGUUUAUAGAAUCUUAAGUGUGUCAAACUCAUUAAAAUGUUAAUUGGAUAUGUAGUAAGUAAAUAGUU